GGGAUUCUUCGAACUAGAAGGAAGUUACAUGAAGAUAACUUUUCAGUUGACUUUUGGAAAACAUUGCCAAGUGGGAUACCACAGAGGCCAUGUGUUCUAUUAAGAUUGAGUCUGUUGUGAAGGAGAAGAACAGGAUGGGAGAGUGCCCAGUAUGGGAAGAAAGGGAAAAUGCACUUGUAUAUGUGGAUAUUAAUUCACAGAAAGUUUGCCGCUGGAACUCAGUCACCAACAAAGUGCAUAGUGUGUCUGUGGAUGCUCGCGUUGGCUCAGUGGCCCUUCGAAAAUGUGGGGGUUAUGUCAUUGCCCUGGGAACCAGAUUUGCCUUUCUAAACUGGGAAACGGAGUCAGUAACCACUAUUGCAGAACUUGAACAGGAUAAGCCAAACAACAGGUUCAAUGAUGGGAAAGUGGAUCCAAAGGGGAGGUUUUUUGCUGGUACCAUGGCUGAGGAGACAGAACCUGGUGUGCGAGCAAGACGCCAAGGUGCUCUCUACACGCUCUUUCCUGAUUAUUUCGUAGUGAAGCAGUUAGACCAGGUGGACAUCUCUAAUGGAUUGGAUUGGUCACUGGAUCACAGAACCUUCUUUCAUAUUGAUAGCCUGGCGUAUGCUGUCCGUGCCUUUGACUAUGAUGUGCACACAGGAAAAAUCGCCUGCUGUAAAGUUUUGUACCAAUUAGAAAAGGAGGAACAAAUGCCUGAUGGAAUGUGUAUUGACGCAGAAGGGAAACUUUGGGUGGCCUGUAUUGAUGGAGGGAGAGUGAUCCGUAUAGAUCCUGAGACAGGGAAAAGAAUCCAGACUCUGAAGCUGCCUGCUUCAAGGAUCACUUCCUGCUGCUUUGGUGGAAAAGAUUAUUCAGAAAUGUAUGUGACUUCUGCCUAUGAUGGGCUAGACAAGGCAGCUUUGGCAAAGGAACCUCGGGCAGGGGAGAUUUUCAAGAUAACGGGCCUGGGUGUGAAAGGAAUCCCACAAUAUUCAUAUGCUGCUUAAAAUUAACACUUUAUAGCAAACAAAAUAAAUGCAUGGCCCAUGCAGGAGCAGUUUUGAACAGGAACUGUUCAUUGAAUUGCAAAACUAUCUAUCUGAAGAGUCUUCUGUGCACCUUUUGGAGCUUAGGACUAAUUUUUAAUUCUCCAUGUUUGGCUCUACAGCAUGGUACCAGAGUGGAAUUUUAGCAGAAGCAGAUAAAUGAGGUAACAUUAGAAAUGAAAACAGAUUUUCAGAAUGCGUAGGCUUGUAAAAUUUCUUAUGCUCUUGCAUAAGCCUUCUUUAUUAUUUAGUCCAGCAUUCCUAGUUUAAAACAAAAAUUCUUAUGGCCAGUUCUGCCCUGGCCUACUUAUGUAGUUCUGAAGGCAGAAUUUGAUUUAUGUUUUCAUGUUACAAUGAUGUAACUGUAAUGAGAUAUGCUCUGAUUUACUUUACUUUUUCAAAUGUCCUGACUUGAACCUGACAGUUCUUCUGCUUUUGGAUUUCCCAUAAGGGUCUGUUUUUGGCAGUCAUACACUUCUCCAUUUUCAGUUAUUUGUUUUGCCUCACUGAACCUUUUGUCCUUUCACUGUCUUUAUUUCUGUCUUGUCUUUUUAGUUGAGGCCAAAUUCUGUGCAGUUGA